CAUUUCACUAUUAAUUUCAUUAUAAUUAUUAGAGAUGCGCCGACUAGCCGACUAGCCGACUAGUCGACAUAGCUAUUGACCAAACCGAUCACGAAACACAUUUCCGUGAAGCUUAGUUUAGGUAGAGUAGGUUAUCUUAUCACAGACAAUGAUUUGUGACUAUAAAUAUUAAUACAUUUAAUGAAAACUUUAACUAGUUUUGAAUAAUAACUAUCUUAUGAAUAUUUUAAUGACCAACCUCAACUCAAAACUUUCACAUUUAAAAAAGUUUUACUUACUUCAGUUGCGCGCGAACCGCGCUAGCGAACGCAAGUUGCCAAGUCAAGUAUUGCGCCAACGUGUAAUUUUUUAUAAAUCUACCCGCUAUUUUUUUUUUUUUUUUUACAAUGGAGGAAGAUGGUUUGAGUGACUCAGAAUCGACGGAAAAAAUAGGGUGUAAGAGGCCGAGGGAGUCAGAUGGUAGUGAUGACGGAUUCACAACGGUGACAAGACGAAAGUCGAAGAGAGGCGAGCGAGAAAAUCACGGGCGAGAUAAUGUAUGCGAGGAGGGAAGGAGUGCUGAGGAAAAAUAUACUGAAGUUAGUUUGUUUGGAACACAUACACUCCCGAAACAGAUGGCCUUUGCAAGAUUUUUGAGAGACGAAAAUAUUGGAAAUGUCAUGAAAAUUAAAUAUAAAAGCCCAUACAAAUUAAUAAUACGAUUUAGCGAAAAACAUAAUGCCCAAAAAUUGGUUAAUUUGAAAAAAUUAGAAGAAUUGAACAUAAGGGCUCAAUUCAUAACUGACAGCCUAUUAUCCUACGGCAUUAUCAAAGGUGUUGAUCUGGAUACUAGCGAAAAAGAGCUAUUGGAGAGUCUAAGUUGUGAUUACGACAUAAUUUCUGCUAAAAGGUUGCGACGUGUGAAUAAUGAGGGUAAAUGGGUUGAAAGCGAAUCGGUGAGACUAUGUUUUAAUAACCCUACUGCGCCUUUAUACAUAAACGCGUAUGGAUGUAGAUUCGAUGUUGAACGAUACGAGUUUCCUGUGACACAAUGUUCUGGGUGCUGGAAAUUUAAUCACGUUAGGAAAUUUUGUAAUUUAAAUAAAAGCAUAUGUCCAAAAUGUACUGAAUAUCAUGAUAACUGUGAAAUAAAGGAAUUCAAAUGUGUAAAUUGCAAAGGUCCCCAUAUGGCUCUUGAUAAGAGCUGCCCUUUUUUUAUUAAAGAAAAAGAAAUUAGACAAAUAAUGAAUCAAAGAAAUGUAACAUAUAAGGUGGGUCUUGAGUUAUUUCUUAAAAAUAAAAAAGAAGAUGAAAAAUAUCACGACAUAAAUGACGCAAUAAACAUAGAAAUAGAUACAGACUUUAUAAAGGAAGUUCCAACGAAUGUGAAUAGAACUUACAGCAGUGUACUCAAAACCAAGGCGGAAAUACAUAAAAAUGAAAAAAAACCUUUAGUUGAGAAUAAAGUUAAUAAGAGUAAAAAUAAGGACAAAACAGAAAAUAAGUAUAAAAAAACCAAGGUUAAUUCAAAUAAUUAUAAUAGUGAAAACCAGAACUUCGAAAUGGAUUGCGACCGAAGCGAAGACAGCGAUCAGGAUACGACAGAUCCUACAGAAAAAGCAGAAAAAAGAAGAAAAAGAAAGUUUGACGUGUGGAAACUACUUCAACGAAUUAAGGAAAUUAUUGUCUGUGAAGAAAACGUUGGUGACAAAGUUUUGUUAGUGGUAAAAGCUGUUUUUGAAGAAUGUAAGUUGUUUUUAGUUGAUUUUUUGAAAGAAGGAAAGUUAUAUGACAUUCUUACAAAUAUAAUAUUUAAUGGAUAAAGCAUUCAAUUUAAACAUAAUUCAAUGGAACGCACAAAGUUUGAAACCUAAAUUGUUAAUGUUGGAUAACUUGUUACAUCAAGAAAAAGUUCAUUUAGCCGUUAUCUCUGAAACAUGGUUGGAUGCAGAUUAUGAUCUGCGUGUUAGUGGUUAUGAUAUAUAUCGAAAAGAUCGUCACUUAAAAUAUUUGGUAAUAAAAGAACUUUUGGAAAAAUAUAAGGGAUUUUCACAAAUAUAUACUGAUGCAUCUAAAGAUGGAAAAGGAUUAGGCGCAGCCUUUAUUCAUUUAGAGCAAAGUAACUCGGCUAUGUUCAAAACUGACCGCCAAAUUUCUAUUAUGACCAUGGAACUCGUUGCAAUUUUAGAAGCUCUUGAAUAUAUUAGGAAUUUAAAUAAGCAAAAUGUUGUUAUUAUUACAGACAGCAAAAGCGCCUUGCAGCAUUUAGCUCUGUGCGCCUCUGGUUAUAGCAGAGGUAUGCCAGUAGCUUACAAAAUUCUAAAAUAUAUAUAUGACUCACGUCAUAUUAGUCUGAAGUUGCAAUGGGUUCCAUCUCAUAUAGGUAUAAGAGGAAACGAGGAGGCUGACAGACUCGCAAAAUCAGCAAUAAUGGAAGGCACAGAGUCGUGUAUCAGAAAUAUUGAAUAAAUUCAAAAUUAUAUGUUAUAAUAAAUUUAGAGAAUAUUUUGAUUUAAGAAGUAAAGAAAAAGGAAUUUGGUAUAGAACUAUACAAUAUCAGCCUCCUCGGUUCCCCUGGUUUGGCGGUAUUAAAUUAAGCAGAAAAUACAUAGUGUUAGCUCAUAGGCUGCGUUCUGGACAUUAUCCGUCUAAGAAGUUCGCAUUUUUAAUGAAAAAGGUUCCUUCCGCCAUAUGUGAAGUUUGUGAUACGAUAGAUGAUGUCCAGCACAUAAUAAUGGAAUGUGGCAAGUAUAACGCAGAAAGAGAAGAAUUUAUUCAGAAAUAUCGAGUUAGUAAGUUCGAUGUUGGAGCCCUGGUGAGCUUUCUUUGUCAACCAACAUCAGAAGGUUUCAAAUCUUUUAUUGAGAUAUUUCUGAAUAAAUAAUCUUUUGAAUAUUCCAACUCAUAGUUAUAAUUAAGAUAAAUUUUAAUUUUAAUUAAGAUUAGAAAAAUUAGUUUGUUUUUUUUAUAUAAUAUGUAAUAUCAACGGAAGAUUCUUGUAAUUAAUUUAAGUAGCUUUGUUUUUAUCAUGUUAUUGUCAUUGUUAAUUAGGGUACGAUGGGACUGACAUGUUAUUUAUAAUAAAAGUCCCUUAAAACUUAUAGAUUGAAAAAAAAAAAAAAAAGUUUUACUUACUUACUUUUGCUUUGAUGAACUUUUGAUUGCUGAACCUGAAAUAGCUGAACAAAAGUAACUUUUCCGAACUUUGCGUGCCCCGGACUGGAUUCGAACCCACAUCCUCCGGAAUCGGAGACAGAAGUCAUAUUCACUAGCUAUCACUGCUCUUUUCACAGGAAUAUUGUUCAUAUUUAAAGGACAUAGCAAAUAUACUUUUUAAAAAAAAAGCAGUUGUCCAUCAUAGAAGGUGGAACAGCCAAUAAUAACUUGAAUCUUGAGUGACUGAAGCAAAGCUUCUAAUUUAGCAGGUGUGCAUAACAUUGUUUGGUCCAGCUCCAAAUUGUGCCCCCGGUUACUCCGGACCUUGUCAUUGACAAGGCAUAGCUGACGUGCUCAAUGACUAGUUGACAACUUGACAACUACUCAUCGAGCACUACAAUUAUAUACUUAUACAAUUAUACUACUACAAUUAUAUAAUUGUCAACUACGCUAUGCCUUGUCAUUGACAAGGCAUAGCUCUGGCUCUCCUGUUAGAAAUCGCCUAAGUCACGCAACUCACUUGCUUUUAGUCUAACGACUGAUCGCAGAUAUCAAGAACAAAAAAUAAAUAUAUUUAAAGUAUAUAGCAAAUAUUCUUUUUAAAAAAAUAAAUAAAUGAAAAUCGUUUAUUUCAGUUUUAUAAAUUUACAUAAAUUAGUGCGAGUUUAAAACCUUCUUUUAGGAGUAGUAAAAACUACCUCUGUAUUAGAAGGCUCCGCUCUUCCAUAGCUAGUACAGAAAUAUCAGGUUCUAAAUGAACAUUACAAAAUUAUUAUAAAAAAGUUGUUUUGCACGUUUGUGUGUGUGUGUGUGUGUUUUUCAGGAUAUAAGUUUUAAUAAAGAUUCUAAAAUUACCCCUCUACAAUCUCAAGAUGUCUCGCUGUCCAUCAUAGAAGGUGGAACAGCCAAUAAUAACUUUAAUCUUGAGCAACUAACGCUAAACUUCCUAU